ACCACCGCCAGCUGUUGGGGUCCGUCGAGCUCAGAGUUCUAGAGUACUACCGGUACAGUACGCUACUUACACCGCUUAUUUUACAGUGUUUUUUAUUUCCAAUUCAAUUAAUUUUAAUUUGUGCUUUUAUAACUUGAGUGCCAUGGAAAACACUACUCACGACAUUUGCAAGAUCAUUAUUCUGGAAAGCAAGCAAAAAAGACUGUUUCAUCCAAGGAUCCACGAGAAUUUUUUCAACAGGAUUUCUCUGCAUAAAAAACCAACAUCCUCAUCAACAAAACGUUGUCUUUUCGGUAAGGCCAACUCAGAUGACACUAAGAAGCUUCUACAAGAACAGUACCUUCAAGACCAGGAAAGAUUUUUCAAAAAGUUUGGGUUCGAUAUCAAGACCAUCGAAGAUCUGGAGAAUUGCAAAGACGAUGUGAGGGAAAACAUAGAGAAUGAUCGGAAUACUCAGAAUAAAAAAUCUGAAACGACUGCAUGCGGACUGUUUGACGUUCCUGUUAAAAAUCUGGGGAGGAAAAUCUUGAAAGCCCGGAGGAAAGUGACGUUUAGUAAAGCUCAGACCAGUCAAAGUCAGAAAUUUAUUACUGAUUUCUAUCAAUCAAGAAAAAGUUCCUGCAUUCUCUCAGAUAAAAAUUCACAACCACAAGAAUCCAGCAGUACCUCAAGCCAAAGCUGUUGAACCAGUACUCAUCUAGAUAUUUUACCUCAUACAACUCUAAAAGAGUACCCAAAUAAGACUGUAUAUAGAUAAAAUUAUAACAUACGGCUUAUAAUGCCAAAGCCUUUAAUUCCUUAAUUUCUUAAUUUAUAAAUAAAUAUUUAUUAAUUUUUCAUUAAAUAAUGUUAACUUAAAGGUUUAGUUUUGUCAUCGUUAUUACCAAAUAUUUAGUUUUUUUUUUAUUAAAAGAAAAACAAUAAGAAUUUUGUGAAAUAGAAAUAGCAUUAUUUGCUUAUAGGAAGUUGA